CCAACCGAUUCAGUGCAUCAAGCCUCCUCAAGCAUUAUACGUUAAUCAUGUCUCGUUAUCUUGUCGCACCAUCAUAUAUCCCUUUUCACCCAAAGCUCUGUUCUCUCCGCCGAUCGACCACCACCACCACCACCACCACCAAGAAGCCAUGUUUCCCGCUCAUCCAUUGCACGGCCGACAUGCAAUCGCCGGCAUUGCGAAGAUCGAGUACUCAUUACCAGCCCAACUCGUGGAGCAAUGACUACAUACAGUCACUCAUCGUUAACUCUCCUGUGGAGGAGAAGGAUCAGACAACGAGAAUAGUGCUACUGAAAGAGAGAAUUAGAGAAGUAAUAUGUGAGCAGAAGGAAGUGGAAGAGCAGCUCCGGCUGAUCGACCACCUGCAACAACUUGGACUGGCUUAUCAUUUCAAAGACGACAUUAAAGAUGCUUUAACUAGUAUUCAUGGAUCAUUGGAAGACAUAAUUAGCUUGCAGUUGAAGGAUACUGACGACGUCCAUGUCACUGCACUUCUCUUCAGACUUCUUAGACAAAACGGUUUCUCAAUCACAGACGAUAUCUUCAAGAGAUUCAGGGAUGAGAAAGGCCAGUUUAUCGAAGUUUCCGUUGAAGGAAUGCUGAGUUUAUAUGAGGCGGCUUUUUAUGCCAAAGAGGGAGAAGUGAUACUGCAGGAGGCCAGGGAUUUCACCACCCAGAACUUGAGAAAUAUCCUGAACGACAAAAGAUCCAGUACUGAACCUGGUCUAAAACAGAAAGUAGCCCAUGCGUUGGAGCUCCCAUUGAACUGGAGGUUGGAAAGAUUACACACCAGAUGGUUCAUACAAUUCUGCAGCCAAAGCAACAAAGACAAGUGCAGUAUGAUUAAUCCUGUACUUUUAGAAUUUGCUAAAUUGGACUUCAACAGGGUUCAGGAUACGCACAAGAAAGAACUCAGCAAACUUUCGAGAUGGUGGUCGGAUCUUGGACUCGCAGAGCGCCUGCCAUUUUUCAGAGACAGUUUGAUGGCCAACUAUUUGUUGACCGUUGGAUGCGCCUUUGAACCGGAAUAUUGGAGUUUUAGAAAGACACAGACCAAAGCCAAUUGCCUCAUCGCACUGCUGGAUGAUGUUUAUGACGUCUACGGCAAGUUGGAAGAGCUUGAGAUAUUCACAGAUGCAAUAGAGAGGUGGGAUGUUAAUGCGCUCGACAAACUCCCAGAUUACAUGAAACUCUGUUUUCUGGCCGUCUUCAACACAGCAAACGAAGCAGCUUAUGAAGUGGUCAAAGGAAAAGGCUUCAACGUACUGCCAUAUCUAAAGAGAGCGUGGACAGAUCUCUGCAAAGCCUAUUUGUUGGAAGCUAAAUGGUUUCACGGGAAGUGCACUAGUCCCACAGUCGAAGAGUACUUGGAGAAUGGAUGGAUGUCAAUAUCAGGGCAUAUCUUUCUCACUCAUGCUUACUGCAUGAGCCCACACUUAACCAAAUCAGACUUGGAAAAUUUCAGCACUUACCCACAGUUUCUACAAUGGUCCUCCAUGAACUUUCGCCUCUACAAUGAUCUCGUUGAAAGGGAAAAAAGUGAUGGCUACUCAUCCAUUAACUGCCUGAUGAAGGAGAAAGAUGUGUCAGAUGCAGAGGCUCGGAAGAUGAUCAAGGAGAUGAUCAUGGCAAAUUGGAGAGCCAUGAACGGGGAUCGAAUGAACUACAAAACUAUGCUCGAGGAAAACUUCAAGAUAUGCGCGAUCAACCUAGAUCGAACGGCUCAGUUCUUCUACAGGGGUAUAGAUAGAUUCAGCGAGGCAGAUGGAGAAAUGAAUGAUUCGGUGGCCUCAUUGUUUGUCGAACCCAUCGAGCUCUAGAAGAAUAUAUACGUAAGCUUACUAUAUAAAAUAAAAACGAAUUAAACAGGAUCAUGAUUAAAAAAAGAAAAAGAAAAAGGAAUUACAGAGAGGGCAGCCUUCUUCUUCGAAGAAAAAGAAAAUAAGAAACAAUUAAAUAAUUGUUAUGGAUGAUUUAUUGUUGUGUAGUAGGGCUAUUUAUACACAAAUUGUCCGACUGUUGUAAUACGAAGAAGUAUUAAAUAUGAAAUACAAUUAUUAAAUUAGUAUGAAUUAUGUUGACUAUAAUUAUAUAAGUAAAUCCUGAUGGAUUGAAAUCAA